AUGGUAAUGCUAUCGAAUCGGACCUCCGGAAAAAGUAUGGAAAGCUUGACCUUUGCCAUCAAGCAGUUCAGGAAGCGUCGACCAAGCGAGUCUGAGCGGUCCUAUGUGAAGAAGGUUACAUCUGAAUAUUGUUUAGGAUCCACAUUUCAUCACCCAAACAUCAUUGAAACACUGGAUAUCGUAAAGGAAGGAGGCAACUAUUAUGAGGUUAUGGAGUAUGCAAGGUAUGAGCUGUUCUCGGCUGUGAUGUCAGGUCUGAUGACUCGAGAAGAGGUUGCUUGCUGUUUCAAGGGCAUUGUCGAUGGGGUCGCCUAUCUUCAUAGUAUGGGCGUUGCUCAUCGGGAUUUGAAGCUCGAUAACUGCGUAAUGAAUGAGCGUGGGAUUGUCAAGAUUAUUGACUUUGGCUGCUCCAUGGUCUUUCAGCCUCCGUUUGAGAAGAAGAUUGAAAUGGCAAAAGGAAUUUCUGGAUCGGACCCAUACAUUGCUCCUGAAGUAUUUGUGACAGAUCAACACGACCCUCGCUUAGCCGAUGUCUGGGUUCCGAGAGCAGAGCAGGACCAGUCGUUCCUGGCAUUUGCAAAUCCUGAUGGAACUGGGAAGCUACGCCUUUUAAAGCUGAUGCCUCGUGAGAGUCGUCCGAUCAUGUCCCGAAUCCUGGAGAUAGAUCCUAGCAGGCGUGUGCUAAUAGGGGAUGUCGUGCAGGAUCCUUGGAUAACGAAUAUUGACCAUUGUAUACUAUGAAUAUAUGUCACCAAACCAUCCACACCAUCUCGGUGAUGAUGGAACUAUCGUCUUAAACCCGAAUGAAGGAACCGCGGCUUUACCACCGUCAAUCCAUGGAAGUGAAAG